GAUGAGAGAAGUAAGUUAGGGGUGGGAUGAGAAGUGUCUGGUUUUUCUAGUUUCAAAACGUUCAAUGCCAGUGGCAAUGCUAGGGAAACCAAACCAGCCAAACUUGAUCCCGAUGAAUCAAAACACAGAAUACCCGGAAAUGCGUCUUGUCUGUGCCCUGUGCAUGCGCUUGAAACUCGCUCCUUUGGGAAGUUCGCAGCACUGAGAGACGUGAAUCAAGGCUGCUGCUAUUCUCCACCCCGGGCUGCGGAAAGGACAGGACUUCAUUUGGAAUCCAGACUUUUACAUACUUCUCCACACGGCGGGUCAGGUGCGAGAAAGAUGGAAAAUCACAGCGAGGUGGUUGCCAGGCUGCGCACAGUCUUCCGCGCUGGAGUGACCAUUCCACAGGAGUUCCGCCUCGCGCAGCUGCGCGCCCUUCUGGCUUUGAUGGAAGAUAACGAAGCCCUGAUUGUGGACGCGCUAAAUAAGGACCUCGGCAAGCCAAAAUUUGAAGCCGUGCUGUCAGAGAUUGAAAUUGUGCGGAAUGACAUUUGCUUCGCCAUAAAUAACUUGAAGACCUGGUUGAUGCCUGAAUAUGUGGGCACAAAUCUGGCAACAAAGUUUGAUGAUUGCUCCAUUCGAAGAACACCGUUUGGAGUGGUUCUGAUCAUUGGGGCAUGGAACUACCCUCUUCAGCUCAUCCUAUUGCCUCUGGUUGGUGCCAUAGCAGCUGGAAACUGUGCAGUCCUCAAGCCUUCAGAGAUCAGCCAAGCCACUGAACAGCUACUGGCCAACCUCAUUCCCAAAUACCUGUCAAAGGAGUGCUAUGUAGUCACAUGUGGUGGAGCAGAGGACACCAAAAAGUUAUUGGAGAACAAAUUUGACCACAUCUUCUACACGGGUUCCCAGGCCGUAGCGCGCAGCAUCCUGCGGGCCGCUGCUGACCACCUGACCCCCGUCACGCUGGAGCUGGGCGGCAAGUGCCCCUGUCUGAUCUACGGAAGCAUGGACAUCAAGAUCACCGCCAAGAGGGUGGUCUGGUCCAAGUACUUCAACUGCGGCCAGAGCUGCGUCGCUCCGGACUACCUGCUCUGCACGGCGGAGACCCGGGACGCCCUGCUGCCGGCCAUCCGCGAGGCCCUGGAGGAAUUCUACGGGCCCGACCCACAGAAGUGCCAGGAUGUGGGCCGCAUCGUGACGGACAAGCACUGGAACCACGUCAUGGGACUGCUGGAGAAGUCCAAAGGCAGGGUGGUGAUCGGAGGAGAGAGCGCGCGAGAGGAGAAGUACAUAGCUCCCACAGUGGUGGUGGACGUGGAUGGAUCCGACUCGCUCAUGCAGGAGGAGAUCUUUGGCCCCGUGCUGCCCAUCAUCACCCUGGAGACGGUGGAGGAGGCCAUUGACUUUGUGAACGCCAGAGACAACCAGGCUCCCCUGGCUCUCUACGCCUUCUCUGACACGCAGAAGGUGCUGUCCCAAGUCUUUGACAACACGCGUAGUGGAGGGUUCUGCUCAAAUGACGGCAUCGUACACAUGACGCUACCUACCUUACCUUUUGGAGGAGUUGGUGCCAGUGGGAUGGGCUGUUACCAUGGCUGGUGGAGCUACGACACGUUCAGCCACAAGCGUGCCUGCGUGUUCAGGGGCUUUGGACUGGAGCGAGUCGGAGCCUUCCGCUACCCCCCUUACUCUGACUCGAACCUGAGCUGGCUCCGCUGGGCCACCACCACCAAGAAGAGUAGCUGCUCUGUCAUGUGAGGAGGACUGAAGAUGAUACAGAUUGACACUUUUUGUUUAGUACUACCGCCAAGAUCAAAUGUAAAAUGUAUUUAUACAUUUGUACAAUAUCCCAACUGCAUAGUUGAUGCAGUGUGCUUUCAUUCGCUCACAUUCACACAUCAGCUCUGGAGGCGGCCAUGAUGCAUCUCUUAAACCUAAGAGAUUCACUGCUCAUACCAUUCCUCUCAACGUAAUACAUUCUCAGUGUCCAAGGAAGUACUGAAUUUCACAAUUUGUUCGGUAUGGUAUAUUGAGUGAUGGACCAUUUUUGGAAAGAUAAAUGUAUACCUCUUUUUUUAAUGUUAAGGUUAUUUUUAAACGUUUGUUGUGGGUAUUUUUUAGCCUUUCUUGUCCUUCACACAUGGGUGUUUUGGUAUGAGUGUUAUUUAUUUGCAUUUCCAAGUGCUGUCCGUCGUGUCACAUGGUAGUCAAGUUACAUUUUUCGAUUCUCCUUUGUUCUGUUAGUAUUCAUCACCAAACAGUUACUGAACUUACACCACACCAGGGGUUUGUUCUUGGGAUUGAGAUAUUCAAUAUUUGUCCACGUUGUACUCUUCAUAUCAUUUGUUGAUGCACAAUAACAGUUACCUUUUUAAAAAUCUAUUUUUUAUAUCUGUACAUUCUGGCAAAAGAAAUGUGAAAAAUGAAAUAAAGUAUUUACAUUAAAAGUGAA